AUGUUUGGUAGUCGUUCUCGACAUACUCAUUAUCAACAACCGAAUCGAUCAUAUUAUGGUAUUAUACUUCUACUCGCUGAAUUAAGUCGUUCAUCACAUCUACCACCAAUAACACUCGGUGUUAUUAUUAUUAAUGUAUUAAUCUAUUUUGACAUAUUUCCAUUAUUUGGUUUAUCAAGUAAUUUACAAAAUGUCUGUGUUAGCACACAUGCUGUACUUGAUCAAGGAGAUUAUAUGCGUAUUUUAUUAGCACCAUUAUUUCAUGGUGAUGAUAUGCAUUUGUACUAUAAUAUGGCAUCAUUUUUAUACAAAGGCCAACAACUUGAAACUCUAUUUGGAAGUCCAUAUUUUGCAAUUUUAUUAUCAAUAUUAACUGUAUCAUCAAGUUUAAUGCUUGUUAUACUUGGUCAAUUAGCAUCCAGUAUAUUUGAUAAUCCAGAAUAUUUAUUUACAUGUGCCGUUGGUUUUAGUGGAGUUAUUUUUGCAUUAAAAGUUAUAACAACACAUUACACGCCUACUUAUGGUUCAAAUUCAUUUUUAGCUGGUUUUAUUCCAAUAUCAACGAAAUAUGCUGUAUGGGUUGAACUUAUUGUUAUUCAAUUAAUUACACCUAAUGUGUCCUUUCUCGGUCAUUUAGCAGGAAUUUUAAUUGGUCUUUUGUAUAUAUAUGGUCCACUACGAUACGUCUGCAAUAAUUUAUAUAAUCUGAUCUGUUAA